CAUGGCGCAAUCAGCAGCUGGAUCCAAGCCGUGACUGUGUGCGUCAAUGUUCCUGGGGAGCAGGUCAUCGAGGCGCACAGCAGGUCGACACUCGCAUGCUCAAACCUUACUCAGAGUCUAGUUCACACCGCUCCAAUCCAAUCCAAUCAGACCAUCCCGCUGGAAAUAUGGUCCCAUGGUCCGCCUGGUGGGCCUGGUCAGCCCGGGCUGAGAAAGCAAUCCUUGCAGCUCCUGGAUGUCAUCUUACCGCUUGCCGUAGGGUAGAGCACUCGCAGCACCUAACAGCUGCAGCCUUCCACCUGACGCUCGAAGGGUCGCUAAUACUGCGAGAUACCGCUGGACGACUGUGACUUGUAUCCACACUGUUCGACGAACUGUGCAAAAGAUGUACCUCUCAAUCGGAAUAGGUGCGCUCGUUGGAAGCGUUAGAUGUCGGGUGGACGUCACGACUGGGCUGUGAGAAGUGGCCUGCUCGGCAAAAUGUGCCCUGUGCACUCUCCGAGCACCCUGCACCUCCAGCAAGUGCCCUCACGGUCGAGAUGCGGCGCGCAUCACGCUGUUUGAAGAUGACGGUCUUGAUGGCAGCGCUGCUGAAGGCGCCGAUGCUCAAGAGACAGGUGUCCAAGUGGCUGCUGUAGGGGGGGCUCGGCCCGAUGCCGCAAGUGAUUGUGCUGCAGGUGCUGCGAUUGAAGAGGCUGCUCAAGAAAAGAGGGGAUGGCGGCCGAAGGGGUGGACAACUGUGGAAGGUGCUCGACGGUGAAAACAUGUGCAAGCUUCGGAGGCGUGCGCGGAACGUUCUAGGUGGCAUAGUGCUCAAGACGGCGUCAUCCGAUACGACAAACGCAGCUGAUGCCGAUACCGUAAGUAUCAACACCUCUGCUGAGGGUAAUGCACUUGAAGACAGUGGUACUGGAGAUCCCCACUGUCAGAGACGCCGUUGUGUAGAACACUGAGUAUCUUAGAAAUUGGGCUGGGUCUACUGACCAAGCAGCUGGUCCAAGACGGGCAGCCCAAAUCGAUGUUGAAGUUUUCAACGGGGCUCGCGAAGGCGGGAAGGGGAAGCUGCUCGAAGAGAGGCGCCUGGACAUGAUCAUGAUGUCAUCGAGGAGACUCCACAAGGCCAUCACUAUGUACGCAGAAGUUGCACUCUGGGCGAAAAAGAAACAAUGAAGAUGGGCCUGAGGUCAGUGCUUGGUGGCCAAAUGGCGGUUGCUCUUCAAGAUACAACCGCUGAAGAGGCCGGUGACCCAGACACCGCUGCUCUCGAAGAGGCGUCUGCCAGAGAGCUUGCUGCAAUCAUACUGAAGAACCAGCAGGAGUCGUAGGCAUUGCCUGAGCAUCUGCCGAAGAUGCUGCUGCUGAACAGGCGUUUGUCGAAGAGCCUGCUGGGUUCGUAGGUCAGCCCUCUGUUAAAGAUGCUGCUGAAAAGGCGCCUGAUGAACAGGCGACUGCUGAAGCGCAUGCUGUGGUCGUAUGUCUACCCCGAGACUAUGCCGAAGGUACUGCUGCUGAACAGGCGCCUGCGAAAGAGCAUGCUGGCGUCGCAGGUUGACUACCACCUGUUGAAGACGCUCUUCCUCAGCAUGCGUCUGCUGAAGAGCCUGCUGAGGUUGCAGGGCUACCCUCUACCGAAAAUGCUGGUCGUGAACAGACGUCUUCAGAAGAGCCUCCCGAAGCCACAGGUCUACCCUCUGCCGAAAGUGCUGUUCCUGAGUAGGGGUCUGCUGAACAGCCUGCUGGAGUCGUGGAUCCAACUAGUGCUGGAGUGUAUGCUCCUGAAGAGGCGUCUGCUGAAGAGUCGACUGGAAUCGUAGGUAUACUCUCUGCUGAUAAUGGCGCUCCUGAGUUGGCACCAGUACUUACACAUAGCUUUGAGAACUGAGAAUGCACUGACACUGGACCUCUGAAGAGGUUGCUGAUCCUGGUGCUACUCCUGGAGCUUCGCUCGCGCAAGGUUACUCUUCACAACCAGAUAGAUUCGAGCCGCGACCGACAACGGCUCGUGCAAGUCACUGCGCGAAAGACGCAAAACAUCCCUGAUUCCACACGUUCACCGCGAGCGUCCGCCAGCUCGCAGUUAAACGCAGUAAGAACUUCUCUCAAGAUAUUCACUGUGCCGAUUGACGUAGGUGAAGAUUGCAACAUUGGUAGGCGGAUCGUGUGGAUGCUGAUGCAUCAUGUCUUCAAAUCUGGGUGAAUGGGUCACCGCACUAUCCAGCUGGCUAAAUAUGGAAUCGUUCCGGUUGGUGGGUGCCUAAUGCGUCGACGGCGGCCGGCAGCCAGUCGUCGCGCACGUCAGUUCCCUUGUGACCCAAGUUGGCCUAGAUGGCAUCGAAGACCAUGGCCGAACCAUCAUGCACACAACAUUCGUUCCGAGAGAUCGCCCCAUUCCUGUCAGCAUCAAGAUUUGAACAUCUUUACGCUCUAUAUGCCGCCAUCACUUGUACCGUCCAGAAGCUCGACCUCGCUGUAUAUUCAUGAACGUCACGACGCAAGAAAACUGCACACUGCCCUGCAAAGCCAACACCUGUCAGCAACGAUAUCUACUCGGGGGCAGCCCUUGAACCUAAAGUUUAGCCGAUAUUAUUACGGUGGUGG